AUGAAAUAUACUGAAGGGAACACUGUGAAGCAGCAAGCUAUUGACGAAGAACUUCUUGUAAAUGGAACAAAAGGGAAGAAGAAAGUGGGCGAUUCGGGUAUGGAGGAGGAUGAUGAAUGUCCUGGGCCAACUAUGAUUGACUUCAUCAGCCAAAUGCCAGAUGAUAUUCUUGUGAAGAUACUAUCUCUUUUACCUCUAAAAAAUGCGGUGAUUACCGGCAUUCUCUCCAAAAGGUGGAGGUUUGUGUGGCCUUAUCUGAAAAGACUGGACUUUGAUGGUAGCGACGCUCUUGAUGAGAUGGAUGAGAAACUGUGUGUUGUAGAGGAGGCUAAGUACAUCAAUCAGGUGAACAAUGUCAUUCGAAGUCACGUGAGCCCGACACUUCAGUUUUUCCGGAUUCGUUUCAAUUUGGAUAAGACAUACUCCAAAGAUAUUGAUGACUGGAUCCGAUAUGCUUUUGACAAGAAAGUUGAGCUUCUUGAACUGAAUCUAUUUGAAAGACAUCACAAACCUCGUGAUACGAAGGAUAACUAUGAUUUACCACUACCUUUAUUAGAGGGAAGCAUGGUGCACCUUUCAGAAUGGCCGUCGUCCAGUUCCAUGGUUGUAGAGACUCUGUCUCUUAAAAAGCUCUUGCUUAUGCGUGUCAACGUGAGUGAACCGUCCCUAAUUGGAUGGCUAAAGAAUUCUCCACGUCUUGAAACACUCUACUUAUAUGGAUCUGGUUUGAUGACUAAGGUUAAUGUUGGUGGACGCGACAUCAACUUGAAGCACUUUAUGUUAAUGGGUUGGGCUGAGCUUCAGUCCAUUUCUUUAUGUGAUUUUGAUCUUGAAAAGUUCAUGUAUAUCGGCCGAGAGAUAGAAAUAAGUCUUACGAACCUUUCAAAGCUUAAAGAACUUGAUAUUGGCCAAGUGAGUGUGGGCUUAAAUAAUAAGGUGUUUAGCAUGAUCUCAUGUGUUGCUUCCACCCUUGAGAUUCUCUCCCUUGACAUAGAUCGUCAAAAGGAAGAUAUUCCAAUUAAUGUUCCUGGAUUUCCGGUACUACCAAAUGUCAAGACAUUGAACCUGACAUUGCCAACUGAACUCGAUGACACUAUAAUAGAGUAUAUUGAAAUUGGAAAGAAGUGCCGAAGUUUGGAAACUUUUACAAUAUCGCUACAUUGGUGUGCACCGAUCACAAAGAAAAAAACUUGCUCUAAUAUUUUUGGUCACUGUUUCAAGCAUGUCAAGAUCAGUGGUUAUCGUGGUAUAAGGAGUGACGUUCAGAUUGCUUUGUACAUGAUAGGAAAUGCUGAAAAUAUUACAAUAGAUCCUUCUUGCCAUCCCUAUGAUUUAAUUGAAUUGUCUGAAAGCGAGGCUAUGAAAAGAGAGGAGGCUGGUCGGUCCCAUGCAAAAUUGAAGCUAUCAUCACGUGUUUUUCAUCCACAGGUGAAGUUGGUUGUACUGUAAUCCACUAUUGAGAUGGUUUUGGUUUGUUGCGUCAUAUACUACUUAUUAGCUCUAAUGUCUCCCCGUCCGGAAACUUUCUAGUUAUUGUAAACUACUCUUAUGGAAGCUUGCUAAUGCUUUUGGAGAUCUUUUAGU